AUUAUCAACAGCAAUUCACGUGACCUUUCCUUAUCUUGUCUAGCGACAUGUGCUUACUUUUAGCGGCUAUGUCACAUUGCUUCACUUAAACAGACUUCCGAGAGACGACGAUGAAGACCAUAGUAGUAUUAUUGUCCUGUUUGACGACUGUUCUGGCACAGAACUCAGCCGUGCCAUGCGGAGUUUCCGUAGUGCAGCCCGUCACAAACAGAAUUGUCGGAGGUACAAUGGCAGCCCCGGGAUCAUGGCCGUGGAUGGUCAUGAUUGUGGACGAUAGCGACUUUAUCUCAGGAUCAGGUGCCAUUAUUGACCAGCACGUGAUAUUGACAUCCGCCCAACAUUUCGAAGGCUUCGGCUUUAGCGUGUUCGACUUAAACUUGCACCAAUGGAAGCUUUACGCCGGCUCGCACAACAUAAGCAUGACUGAUCCGCACGAGAAGACGUACCACAUCCGGCGCGUGGUGCUCCAUCCGGGCUACAACGACACCAGCCUCGAGAAUGACAUCGCUCUUAUCAUCACAGUGGAACCAAUGCAAUGGAACGACUUCACCCGACCCGGCUGUCUGCCCGACGCCCAGCACGCCUAUGUUAUUGGAGACAGCUGCUACCUCCCAGGAUGGGGAAGCACCUCCAGCACCGGAGACGAGGAGGGUUUAAACCAGCUCCUGUACCCAAUUGUUGAUGACAGCAUCUGCGCCAACCAUUGGGACGACUUCCUUCCGGCCACGGAGAUCUGCGCGGGAUACGAGAACCAGCACAAGGACUUCUGUGGUGAUGAUAUUGGAAGCCCUCUUAUGUGCAAGAAGAGCAACGGUGCAUGGUACAUCCAAGGUAUUGCUUCUUCUGGCGGCGACUGCACCCUGGCAAAUGAGCCCGGGAUAUUCGAGGACGUGACAAAGUAUCAGGAUUGGAUCCUGAAAUCCAUGGAGGAGGCCGGAUAUCCCUACCAGUACUGAGCGUCCUCGAUGAAGUUAUGCAGAUAAUUCAUACACUGGUUGAAAUAAAUUAAUCCCGGUU